AUGUGUGUAUCAGUACGUAUUAUUUGGGCCUGCGGCCAUGAGAGCGAUACCAGCGCCGACCAUACAUGUAAACGCAAGCAGCACUGCGAAUGGAUGGUGCCGGAGGAGUUCGAAGUCAAUCAUUUCUGCACGUCCUGCCUCUUGAAAACGACAACCUACAGCGGGCCGCUUCUCUCCAAAUUCCCAGAAUACGACGGCUCAAUCCCGCAUUCCUCUGUCUGGAACUUCACAGCAGUGUUCUUCAAUCGCGCGAACAAAUUUCGAGACUUGGUACUAGCCGCACAGAUCGAAAGCAGAAAUAACCCGGAUUGGAUGUUAUUGAACGGCAGGGAUAUUUUGAAUCUGGAAGAAAUUCAAGAUAUUCUAAUUGAAGGCGUGAAGAUAUACAUGUGCGAAGCCAUCUCGCGGACAGGUACCGCCAGCGUUCCACAGGAUAUUCAGUUCCUCAUCUACUGGAUAGCGUGUAUUGUGGAAUGGAACCUCGGGACUGAUGGACGUGCAGAUGCAUUACGACUAGCUGACCGAGCCGAAGACGAGUUGGACGGAAAAUUCGUGAAGCCGUAUUUUGCGACGCCUGUGGUUCUCAAGGAGGAUGAGUCGAAGGAGUGCUCUAUCUGCUUGGAGGUGAUGACACAGGAGCAGCCAGUCGAGCUGCCCUGCGGUCAUAUUUUUGGGAAUGAGUGUUUAUAUAAGCACGUAUAUACGGGUCAAGAGGGCGAUGAGGUAAACUGCCCGCUCUGUAGGGAUAAGUUCGAUGAGUCCACGCAUGAGUUUCCCUCUUUCAUACGUCCGACACCUCCCUGGUGUAGAGAGUUAUUGAGGAUUGACGAAUUGAAGCCCUGGAUUCCUGCACUUAACGAGUAA